GUCAUUAAGCUGUUGGGAGCGUGACACAUGAGAAGAAAACAUGAUCCACAGACAGCAACAACGAUUGUUUCUAUAUAACCUUAGAGUCUGCAAAUUUAUUGCAGCAUACUAAAACAACUCACAGUUUGUCUCUUUCAAACUUUGUUUUAUUUUGUCCCUUGAAAUUGACAUUUUAAAUUUGUGAACUCUCUCUACCCCUCUCCUUCUCCGUCGACUGUAUUUUUUUUCCUCGUAUUAUUAGUAUAAACUCUCAUUAUAUUCACAUUUUUCUUUGCCUCGGUUUCUUCGCUGUUGGCCUAUAUAACCUACCAAGUUAUUUCGUGCACCUAACAAAGCAAAGUCGCAACCAACCUCUUUUUCCCUUUUAGCAUUAGAUUUUUGGGUUCUGGAUUGUUGUCUUAAAGAAUGGCCAAUGCUAUGUUGCACCUAACAGUUGGGACUCUUCAACUUCAUGGCAGUUCUGGAAUUCAUUUCCAAGGUGGAAAUAAUUCAGUGAGAUUGGUUCCCAAAGGUUUCAAGGUGGAAGUUGGGUUCUGCAAGAGAGGGAUUUGUAGUUCCGGAGAGAAGAAAUUCAGUAUUAUUCAAGCCUCAGCUUCUCAAACCUCUGUUUUUGAUCCUGUUUUAUCUCCCUCUAACAAUGGCACGCAUGAAUCUCUCAAGAAAUCAAAUGAAGCAGCUUUGAUACUGAUUCGCCAUGGGGAGUCUUUAUGGAAUGAAAAGAACCUGUUUACAGGUUGCGUUGAUGUGCCUUUAACCAAGAAGGGAGUGGAAGAGGCAAUUGAAGCCGGCAAAAGAAUCAGCAACAUACCUGUCGACAUGAUAUUUACAUCAGCACUAAUUCGUGCACAGAUGACCGCUAUGCUAGCCAUGACACAGCACCGAAGAAAGAAGGUGCCAAUUAUCAUGCAUAAUGAGAAUGAGCAAGCAAGGGUAUGGAGUCAAAUACAUAGUGAAGACACCAUAAAACAAUCAAUUCCAGUUAUAGCAGCUUGGCAAUUGAAUGAAAGAAUGUAUGGAGAAUUACAAGGUCUCAAUAAACAGGAAACUGCAGAUAGAUUUGGGAAGGAAAAAGUUCAUGAGUGGCGUAGAAGUUAUGAUAUACCACCACCAAAUGGCGAGAGUUUGGAAAUGUGUGCUGAAAGAGCUGUUGCAUAUUUUAAAGAUGAGAUUGAACCCCAACUUCUAUCUGGAAAGAAUGUCAUGAUUGCUGCACAUGGGAACUCCUUAAGGUCUAUCAUUAUGUAUCUUGAUAAGUUAACCUCACAGGAGGUUAUCAGCUUAGAACUAUCAACCGGGAUACCCAUGCUUUACAUUUUUAAAGAGGGGAAGUUCAUUAGAAGGGGAAGUCCCAUCGCACCAACAGAGGCUGGAGUUUAUGCUUAUACUAGGAAGUUGGCUCAGUACAGGCAGAAACUAGAUGAGAUGUUGCAUUGACAUGCCCCUUUUCAGUAUAGGUAACAUCAAAUUCUGGCUUUUAUCUAGCUCCCUUUCCCACUCACAUAAUUUUACAGUUUCUUUCCCUUGUUCCCUAGGAGAGCCUACUUGCAUGAUCAUUUACAUCUACGAUUGCAUUAGUUGUUAUGUCGGGCCAAAUACCUAAGGUCAGCUACUGUCACAGUUGAUUUUUCUUUUGGUUGCGGUAAUCUUAUAGUUCCAUCCUUAUAAUUCUAGUUACGUGCAUCUCUGGAAAAGAUAGUGAUCCCUACAACGGAUAUACAUACAGCAAUAAGAACUUUACUUCAUUUGUCUUUUGUAUUGAGAAACUAUGGAGUGCAAUUUUGAAUAUUCUUUUCCCCUCAAA